UUAUUUAUAACUGAUUGAUAGAUAUACUGAGAAAAUAGAUAUUCUUGAAAACUUAUUCGUGAGGUAUAGAGUUUAUAUUUGGAAAUGAACUUUGUAUUUUACAAAUAAAUUUUCAAGUUUUUUUUCUCAGUUUAUGCGAUUAUGGCAACGAUAAAUAUUGAGAUGUGGAUAGCACACGGAAAAAUAUAAUAUACAAUUUACAAUAUGAGAAAAUUGGAAAAUGAGCGUCUGCGAUUGAAUAUACGUGUCAAUGUCGAAGCGUGCGACAAUGUUCGUGCAGAACAAAAGUCGAGCUGAGUACAAGCUAUGGGAAACUCAGUACGACGAUGCGCAGGUGCAAUAUCCUCGUCCCAUUCCGGACGAAGUUAUCAGUGUAUACGAGGUCUACGUGAAGGAGGAAUCGUCGGGUGUGGACUCGAGGGGCGAUGCACAGAACGUAUCAGGAUUAGGCAGCCGAUCAGCCGAUCAGCAAUUGAUCCAAGUAAUUAAUCCAUAUGGCAGUUUUACCGAUGAGAACGAUCCGCUAUCAUGUGAAACCGUUUUCAAGGCUGAGUGCAUGGACAUGGACGCGGCCAACGACUCUGAGGUGAUCAAUAUCGACAGCACCGUCGCGAAACUCCUCGGCAAGGACGCGCUAAGGUAUAAAAUUCUGGAGCAGAGCGUUAGCGCGCCGGACGAGAACAUGGUUGUGUACUCGCAUCCCGUUGCCGAAGGUCCUUCGAGCUCGACGACGCGACUUAUCGACAAGGACGAUCCAAGAUCCAGAUUGCAUUUCGUCAAAUAUCUCAAACGGGAUGGCAAGACGCUCAAAAUUUGGGAAUGCGGCAUUUGUUCAAAAGAGUUUCGCCAUCAGUACACCUUGAUGAGACAUUUGCCGACGCACACCGACGAGAGAAACUUUAAAUGCGAGGCUUGUGGCAAGGCCUUCCGCCAACUGUCAACAUUGAGCCAGCACAAAGCUAUACACAGCGACGCCAGGCCGUACGUGUGCGAGUUCUGCAAGAAAACGUUUAACAGAGUAUCCACGUUGAUCUCCCAUCGGAAAACGCACUCGGAGCACAAGCCGCACAAGUGUCACGUAUGCGGCAAAGGAUUUCACCAGAAGGGAAACUUGCGUAAUCAUGUGUUCACACACACGAAUGAGAGGCCAUAUAAAUGCGAUCUCUGCGGCAAGGGCUUCAACCAGAUGUCGAAUUUGGUCUGUCACAAAGUGAAGGCGCACGCACACGCCGACAAGAUGCAAUACUCUUGCGGAGUCUGCGGAAAGGAGUUUCCGCGCAGAUUCGCUUUGAGAUCGCACGAAGAAUAUAAGCACGGCGUGAAAUAUCGAAGCGCAGGCAACGCGCAAUCCGCAGCCGUGACGAACGGAUCUAAUGUCGCGAAAAGCAAGAAUGUCAGGAUCAUACAAUUGUACAAUGGUGAUCGCAGUCAAACGAGCGUAAACAAAGAGAAGGAUUACUUCGAUUCGUCGGAUUUGGCGGACAGCAUUGUGAUAGACAAGAUCGAUACGAAAGCGAUGGAGAUGGCGUUGUUCCAAGGCCAGAUUCCUUUUGCUCUUUACAAGCCCGCCAAAGGUAUACCGAUUCUCGUUAAAGUUUGGGCCACCGCGAGCAAUAAACACGCACUUACACCUGCGACUGCCGAGGAUUUGCGAAUUGCCGGAAAAAUAACUCCGAGUCCCAACGAAACCACAGACACCGACGGCACGAAGGCCGUGCAAGUGAAGGUGCCCGUAGUCGCUAUAGUGAUACAAAACAUCGAACCCGACGGCAAAUCCAGCUUCAUCAUUGAGCCACCUGGUGCGGAACAAGAGCAAGACGAUGGUUUGGUGACGGCGCUGGACUCGCAAUUCCCAUUUACCGAGCUGAAUCGCGAUGAACUGGAUCAUCCGCAAAGCGGCGCGAAUUCGGCUCCAUUGAUGGAGGACUGCAACGAGUUACUGGAGUUGGCCGCGCAAGGCGGGAUACAGUUUGUUCGCGCCACCGAGGAUGGUCGUUACGAGAUUAUGACGAGCAGUGAAGCUCGCGACUUGAUGGCGCAGAAUUCCCACGACGUAACGAUUCUUGACGGCGAACAGGCGGACGCUAUCAAUCUCGCUAAUAUACGCAAUAACGGUGACGUCAUUAUCGGCGACAACGAUAAUCAGAUCAUGGUGUUGGAAUCCGGCCAGAAGUCUAUGUCAAUGGACGGCAUCGAAAUUCUUGAGGACAAAGACAUUAGGAUUCUCGAGGGUAAAAGCCUCGACGAUCGUUUCGUGGAUGGCAUAACAUUCCUUUCCCACACCAAAAUCGACGAUCUCGUGCUCGGUCCCAAAUCGCUGGGUAUCGAUGGUGAUAGCGCGUUGGCGGGACACGGAGAUGCGAUGACCCUGCCAACGAGCCAGCAAGAUCUAACGAGCAUCUUGGGUCAAUCCUCGAAUCUAUCUACUAGCUCGCACUCCUCGUUAUCGUCUCUAUUAACGAAGAGCCAUCCGCCAAUGUCGUUAUUAAAUGAGACACUGCCAUAUUUGAAGAGCGGUCAGAGCUUCGCGGAGGAUCUGAAUAUUCUCGGUGUCUCCCCCGUUGAAGAUCACCAUUCAGAAUAUGAUUCGAAGAUGAGACUGUCAUCUAUGUUCGACGACGACUGCGAUACCGGCUUGAUACCGUUUGGUCAAUCGGACAUGAAUAUUCUCGAUCCGGGAAAUCAAAGUGUCAAAUUUUACAGCGACAAGUUUUGCCAACCACCUCCGAAGAUAUUCUCCGGUUACAACGAAGUGAAAAUUCUGGGACCGAAAAAUCACCAUCACGACAUGAUCAUUCCGCACUAUCAAGACGCCAGGAUCCUCAGCCCUUUCGAGCAGUUCCUCAAAAACACGGCUAUACAGACGAACACCUGCGUGCCCAACACAAUCGACGCGCCGACCGAGGGAUGUCGGAAAGAGGUGAAGAUACUCGGCAAAAAGCUCGGCACUGGCAUCAUCACCACAACCGAACAGGGCGAUGUCGUCGAAGUUGUCGACGAUAAGACUAAAUUCGACAUGGACCUCACGGUGGAUCUCUGCGACAACGUCUUGCAGCAGUGCGCAACUGUGCCGUCGCCGCGACGAUUGCUCCGACAGUCAACGGAGAACGACGACGCGGACAGCUUUUUGCUUCAAGCCGGCAGCCCAUGCGACGCGGAUUUUCUGAAUUUUGGAAACCGCUUCACCGGCAAGGACCUGUCGCCCGAAGGUCACAUCGACAGAGGCCAGAAGGAGAAUCACACAGAUAGUUUCGUUCCUGGCGAGAUUUUGGACCUGGACUGACAUAGAACGAUAGGGAAUGAAAGGGAAGAAACGUUCGCGCAUUGUUUUCGCUUUCGUCGAUAUGAAAAGACGAGACAGGUGACAAAGAUAAGUAAAUUUUGCAACAGAUUGAAAAGGUGCGUAUUGGUAUUUUUAUAAUUUUCUGUUUACAAAAGAUUGUGCCGACUUCAAUGUAUCGAUGGAGGCAUUCACUGUUCGUUCACGAAUUGUACUCGAGGCGGUGGUUUUGCGCGAUAAACGAUACCACGUGAAAAUUACUUAAUAUUUCUCAAGUUACGAGCAACUGACUUACGAGAAAUGCUCGGAUUUGAAAAUAAUGAAUGACACGUGUAACUUUGAAAAAACGAGCGAUAUGUGCUUCGGAAUAUAUGCGAAUACAAAUUUUAUGAAAUGCGUUUGCAAAUUGCAACGUUCAAUCUCAAGUAUUCAAUUUGCAAAUUGAUCUUUAUACGAACGAAGUUCGUGAGUUAACCCAUACUGUUAGUUUCGAAUUUUCUACACUGAUUCACGUAAUCUGAUGGAUUGUAUAAAUUUAAUGAGUAUUUUAUACUUUAACUGGAAUAUGUUGAUGAAUGAAAUGUAUAAAUAAAACAACAUUAUCCCCACGUGUCCCGUGUUUUCAAAGAAUGCACUGUACGGUGUGUAAAGUGUUUGAGAGGAAUCUUGUGCCUUUCCAGCCGAUGUUACUUGGGAUUUUUCGAGAGUCUCUCGUCACAGGCCUUACUUUUACGUAUAUAUCCUCGUUUAUUUGGGUAUUAUUUAGUAGCGCGUCAGGUGAUAUUUAUGCAUUUUGCAAAAUGUACGUUUCAUGUCGCGUACAUUACGAGCCGUAUGUCUACAUUACGAAGGCCUUUUGUAUCUCCGAGUUUCUUCCGAGUGUUCUCCUCUUUUAUUAGGCAGCGAGAAAUAAAACAUGAUAUAUCUGUUAGCGCAUACAGGGGAGAGGGGGGCAAAAGAAAUCCUAUCUAUCCUCCCACCAUUGCUACUCUUAAUAAAUACGCGGGAUCGAGAUACGAAAGACCGCGGUAUUCCGAUACGAAGGUUAUUUAGAUUUAUUCGCGAAUUCUCGACUCGGCGAUAUUUUCUCCGAGCGCACGU